AUGGCUCCAUUCUCAGGUGUUCUCGAGGCCCGACCCUUUAAAGUGUCUGUCUCAGAGGAAGCAAUCACAGACUUCAAGCAGCUUCUACGUCUUGCGAAGAUCGGGCCUGCUACUCUUGAGAACUCCACAAAGGCCAGUCCAGCGUAUGGCCUCUCGCGAGAGUGGACAGAGAAUGCGCGAGAGUAUUGGUUGAACAAUUAUGACUGGCGAAAAACCGAACAACGCAUCAACUCUUUCGAGAGUUUCAAGGCAAACAUUGCAAGCGGCGCUGGUGAUGCCACUGAUGUGCAUUUCAUCGCCCUUCGAUCUGCCAAGGAGAAUGCAAUUCCGGUGGUCUUGCUUCAUGGGUGGCCUGGAAGUCCGCUGGAGUUCCUCGGUCUGCUUGAGAACGCUCGCGCCAAGUACGGUACCGACGAGUUACCUUAUACCUUUAUCGUACCAUCCUUGCCAGGCUACGGGUUCUCAUCCGGGCCAUCGCUGCAGACAGAGUCGACCUGUGAGUCGAUGGCGGAAGUGAUUAACAGUCUCAUGCUCGGGCUCGGCUUUGGAAGUGGAUACAUCGCCCAAGGCGGUGAUAUUGGCAGCUUCGUUGCUCGCAUACUGGCAGCCAGACAUGGAGCUUGCAAAGCGGCGCACAUCAACUUUGCUCUAAUGCCGCCGCCGGAAGGCGUUCCACCAGAGAAUAUUGAUCCAGCGGAACUGCAGGGCCUACAGCGAGCGGGUGCGUUCGGAGCUCAAGGAGAUGCGUAUGCAAGAGAACAUGGCCAGCGCCCUGCCACGAUCGGACUCCUGCUCUCUACAUCGCCGCUGGCAUUGCUGAUAUGGAUCGGCGAGAAGUUCCUGGACUGGGUAGAUGAGCCUCUAAGCCUAGACCAGAUCCUGGACAGCGUCUCAUUGUACUGGUUCACCGAGACAUUCCCCCGAGCCAUCUAUCCUUACCGCCAGUUCUUUGGUCCAGCUCCAGAGGCUAUUCCAUUGAAGCACUAUGUCGAUAAACCUUUGGGCUACUCGUGCUUUCCGGCAGAGAUUGCACCUAUUCCGAAAGCAUGGGUCGCCACGACUGGCAACCUUGUCUGGUACAAACGUCAUGAGAAGGGUGGGCAUUUCGCAGCCAUGGAGAGACCGCAGCACUUAUUGCAAGAUAUCGAAGAAUUUGUGGCAGCUGUGUGGAAGUAA